AUGGAUAACCGUGCCGUCGAGGAACUCCUCUCAUCGUUUGCUUCCGAUACAUUUGCCAUCCAAUCCCAACCUGAGAAAGACUUGCGGGCUGCUUUGAUUGAUUUCUUUUCGGGCGGCCAUGAUACCGAUGGAUCGAAUCUUCAUGAUGGCAACCUCCGCGCUUCACCAGCUGGACUAUCAAACCCCAGCACCUCAAUUAAUCCAAGCUUGCAGGCGGCUGCCCAGAUGUCUUUAUCCUAUCAAGGCAAUGAGCUCCCCCCGCCUAACACACCAUUGGGGAGCCCUAUGAAGGAAGACAUAUUCAACUUUCCAGUCGCCACAAGCAAUGCUUUUUCGCCUGGAAAUUAUCCAGCUACCCCCUCUUCAGCAAAUCAGGCGGCCGAACCAUCGAUAAAUUAUGCUGGAACUUCUUACCAUGACUCGUUUGGAAAUUGCUUAAGUUGUUUGCAUUCCGUCACCUUUCCCCAAGACAAUCACCGAUUUCCCCACGCCCCGAAUUGCCACUCCGAUCAAUUUGUCAACAACGGCCAACCUCCGAAUAGCCCUAAUUCUAACUUGAAGUCCACGCACACACCUUCUCAAGCUCAACAGGCCACUCCAUUUAACCCUUUAUACUGA